CUAGCCGACAUGAAGAAACAAAUCGAGUAUCUCCUCACACCGAAACCGGACGGAAGCCUGCACAUGUGCAUCGAUUACCGAGCUCUCAACAAGCAGACCAUCAAGAACAAAUACCCAAUCCCACGAAUCGAUGACCUGCUUCACCAGCUUUGGGGAGCCACGGUAUUUCCAAACUGGAUCUGCGGUCCGGAUACUGGCAGAUAUGAAUGGCGGACAAUUCCAUCCACAAAACUGCUUUCCGCACUCGGUACGGGUCGUACGAGUAUCUGGUAAUGCCGUUCGGACUCACUAACGC